AUACAUCUCCCCCAAUGUUCUUAAGGGGUUAUCAUUCUGAUAAUACACUGUAACAAAAACCUCCUUAUGUCCCUAUCAUCAUGAUAACACACUGUAAGAAACCUCCCCAUGUAAUCACCUUACUACUGGGGUGACACACUGUAACAAACCUCCUCCUCAUGUAAUCUACUUACUACUGGGGGGACACACUGUAACAAACCUCCUCCUCAUGUAAUAUCCUUACUACUUGGGUGACACACUGUAACAAACCUCCUCCUCAUGUAAUCUCCUUACUACUGGUGUGACACACUGUAACAAAACUCCUCCUCAUGUAAUUACCUUACUACUGGGGUGACACACUGUAACAAACCUCCUCCUCAUGUAAUCUUCUUACUACUGGGGUGACACACUGUAACAAAACUUCUCCUCAUGUCAUCUCCUUACUACUGGAGUGACACACUGUAACAAACCCCCUCCUCAUGCAAUCUCCUUACUACUGGGGUGACACACUGUAACAAGCCUCCUCCUCAUGUAAUCUCCUUACUACUUGGGUGACACACUGUAAAAAAACUCCUCCUCAUGUAAUCUCUUUACUACUGGGGUGACACACUGUAACAAACCCCCUCCUCAUGUAAUCUCAUUACUACUGGGGUGACACACUGUAACAAACCUCCUCCUCGUGUAAUCUCCUUACUACUGGGGUGACACACUGAAACAAUCCCUCUCCUCAUGUAAUCUCCUUACUACUGGGGUGACACACUGUAACAAACCUCCUCAUCAUGCAAUAUCCUUACUACUGGGAUGACACACUGUAACAAACCUCCUCCUCAUGUAACCUCCUUAAUACUUGGGUGACACACUUUAACAAACCUCCUCAUGUAAUCUCCUUACUACUGGGGUGACACACUGUAACCAACCCUCUCCUCAUGUAAUCUCCUUACUACUGGGGUGACACACUGUAACAAACCUCCUUCUUAUGUAAUCUCCUUACUACUGGGGUGACACACUGUAACCAACCCUCUCCUCAUGUAAUCUCCUUACUACUGGGGUGACACACUGUAACAAACCUCCUCCUCAUGUAAUCUCCUUACUACUGGGGUGACACACUGUAACAAACCUUCUCCUCAUGUAAUCUCUUUACUACUGUGGUGACACACAGUAACAAACCUCCUCCUCAUGUAACCUCCUUACUACUUGGGUGACACACUGUAACAAACCUCCUCAUCAUGUAAUCUCCUUACUACUGGGGUGACACACUGUAACAAACCUCCUCCUCAUGUAAUAUCCUUACUACUGGGAUGACACACUGUAACAAACCUCCUCAUCAUGUAAUCUCCUUACUACUGGGGUGACACUGUAACAAAUCUACUCCCCAUGUAAUAUCCUUACUACUGGGAUGACACACUGUAACAAACCCUCUCCCCAUGUAACUUCCUUACUACUGGGGUGACACACUGUAACAAACCUCCUUCUCAUGUAAUCUCCUCACAACUAGGGUGACACACUGUAACAAACCUCCUCAUCAUGUAAUCUACUUACUACUGGGGUGACAUACUGUAACAAACCUCCUCCUCAUGUAAUCUCCUUACUACUGGGGUGACACGCUGUAACAAAUCUCCUUCCAUUUAAUCUCUUUACUCCAGGGGUGAAAUACUGUAACAAACCUCCACCUCAUGUAAUCUCCUUACUACUGGGGUGACACACUGUAACAAAUCUCCUUCCAUGUAAUUACCUUACUGGGCUGACAUGUGACCUCUCCUCCAGCUCAGCCCCGCCUCCUCUACAGCAUCACACAGGUCCUUCAACCACAAUCUUUUCUCUCCUCCACAGCUAAGCUCCGCCCCCACACGUGAUGAUGACAUCAUCACAGGUCCUACACCUUCAGCAUCUAGCAGUCCGGGCCAGGGGAGGAGACGGAGGGAGAGUGGGCCUGGCAUCAGUCCCCGGCCGAAACAACUACGUCGCCAUCAAAGGUAUCACCAAAACAGCGGACAAUGCAGCAAUCCUACAGAGAGAGCGACGGAUACUCCUGCUGGCCCGAGACUGCCCGUUCCUGUGUCACCUGUAUGCUGCACAGCAGUCUCAGGACCAUGCCUUCUUCAUCACCGAGUACCUGUCCGGCGGCAGCUUGGAGGCUUUACUCAGAGUGUACAGCAGUCUAAACAUCGAAAUAGUAAGAUUCUUCACAGCAGAGAUUGCAUGUGGCCUCCAUUUCCUUCACAGACAGAACAUCGUCCACCGAGAUAUCAAGCCAGAUAACAUCAUGCUGGAUCGAGAUGGACACAUCUGCAUCAUAGACCUCGGACUUGCCCAAGAUGGCGUCACCUCCUCCAACAAGAUCCAAGAAGUGACGGGCACAUUACUUUACAUGGCCCCAGAGGUGCUCCAGAGGAAGAGUUACCAUGCAGCGGUUGACUGGUGGAGCCUGGGGAUUGUUGUAUCCCGGAUGUCAGCAGGACGUUCCCCAUUCUACUUUGGCUGCGACAGAGAAAUGGCUCGCGAUUCCAUCACCAGAGAGAAGCCUAAUAUUCCAUCUUGGCUCCCUGCUGACCUGAAACAUCUCAUCAAACAACUGCUGCACAAGAAUCCUGAGAAGCGGCUGGGUGUGAACAGGAACAUCAGAGACCAUCCAUUCUUCACCACCAUCAACUGGGAGGAACUGGAGCAGAAGAGAGCACAGCCGCCAUUUACACCAUCCGAGGCAGCUCUGAAGAAGGGAGACCUGCGGUGGUCAGAGGUAGAGACAGCUCUUCACCCCUUGGAAGGAUUCUCUUUCAUAGCUCCAAGCUGGGAAUGGUAAGAUCAGCCCACGGCCCAGAGCUCUGUACCAUCUGAGUGCUGCACCCAGGAGCGGCCUGUGCUUGUAACACCUCAGCACAGACCUGGUAAGUAUCACACAUCAUCACACAUACAUUAGGAUCACACACAUACAGGUAGAUAGAAAUAUACACACAGGUACAUAUAUAGAUAGUAUAGACACAUACACACACACACAACAGAUAGGGGUAGAUAUCGGCUCUGAUCCUGGGACUUGUUCCGAUCGCCAUAUUUGGGGUCAGGAAGGAAUUUUUCCCCUUUGAGGACAAUUGGCUUAUUCCUCAAGGUUUUUUUUGCCUUCCUUGGGAUCAUCUCAGCCAUAAAUAGGUCAAGUAUGAUAAAUCUUUAAUUUAUUACUAAAUAUUCCCAGAAAUAAAAUAAUAUAAAAAUAAAUUAUAAAAAAAAAAGGUAUAGCAUAUAAAGUAUUUAUAACAUAUAGUUUUCCAUACUAGAUAGGUCAGGUACUGGCUUUUGAUCCUGGGACUUGUUCCGAUCGCCAUAUUUGGGGUCAGGAAGAAACUUUCCCCCCUUACAUAAGGAUAAUUGGCUCUUUCCUCAAGGGGGUUUUCGUCUUCCUUUGGAUCAACACAGUAUAUAAAAAUGCUUUACCUAUACAUUUAUAUUUCACACAUAGCAAAAUAGAACAUAACACACAUUUCUAUGCCUCGCAGUAUCCCCAGUAUACCCUUCCUAUAAAUAAAAAGUCCUUUUUUC